GUUGGGAUCCUGUUGUUUGUAUUCAUCUUGGCAUUAGUGUUGGGGUAUUGGUGUUAAGUCCUUGCAUUCCCCUAGGCUUAUCGGUUGGGGUGUGUAACAGCGACUAUCAGCAAAGUUGUAUGUUUUUGUUGUGGAGGCAAGCUUCAACUGGAAGCCAGCAUGAGGUACUCCAGCCUUUUGAAAACUGGGGAAAUUCAACUACCAUCCAGAACAACUAGGGACCCGAAAAAUUAUUAUAUCAUCAGCAAUAAAUCAUAUAAAACAACUCUAAUUUUGACCUCUUACACUAGAGCUCUCACAUCUUUUGAAACCAAAAAAAAACAUAAUAGCCAACAACAUGCCUGGAGACUUAUCUGUCCCCAGACAAUGUAUUCAGUUCCUUUUUCCGAAUACUCAAUUUUCCUCCUCACCAACAGCCGACUUUGAAUGCCAGAACACAAAUAAUCAAAGGCCAGUGCCCUAGAAAAAGACAGAGAGGAAUGAUAAAAGAGAUUCUAUUUGUCUUUGUGAUGUACUGGGUCAGUCUCAGCUUUCAGCCUAGCACAUAACCACUUCACACCCGUUUGGCACCAAACCGAUGUAAUCGAACUGAUGCCGCGAGCAACUAACUGUACUUGUUCAAUAAGAAAUGCUGUCUCUUAGUUUGCUGUUGUAAAACAUUUUGCUCCAGUGUGCCCUGAUGAAUGGGACCCUAGUAGGUUGAUAUACUGUUAGGUAGACAAUAACACUUACAAUAGGGGAACGGAUAUGGCUACAAUAUAAAAGGUAGUAAAGGUUUCCCAGGCAUUCUGUCUGGGGUGUAGACAGAAUGUAGUCGCAAACUGCGUGAACCUGUUUGCAGUGCCUGGCUUACUCUUGUAAAAGAUCCAAACAUUCCAUCCCAAACAGACCAGACUAAUCCAGACCAUCAUGGCAGAAUCAUGUAAUUUAUCAUUGCUCAUAAUUGUCAUCCUUCAAAUUACAGGAGUACUUGGUCAGAGGAUCAUUGGGGGUCAGGAGGUGACACCUUACUCUAUAAAAUAUCAAGCUUCAAUUCAGUACAACAACUACCAUUACUGUGGAGGUACCCUGAUACACCCUCUGUGGGUGGUGUCUGCUGCUCACUGCUGGAGACCGGCCUACCUAAUUAAAGUUGUGCUGAGUGAACACAAUAUCUCCAAAGUGGAGGGCUUUGAGCAGGAGUUUAAUGUUUCUAAAGCAGUGGUCUACUACACGUACAACUACAAGACCUUUGACAACGACAUCAUGCUGCUCAAACUGGAAAGACCUGCAACUCUCAGCGUCAACGUACAACCGGCACUUCUGCCCAGCGCAGAUAUGCCCCAGUUGCCGCAGGGAACAUCCUGUAUGGUAAGUGGUUGGGGAAUCACUGACAUCUACAGCUACGUCCUGUCCCCCGUGCUUCGGGCUGUAGAUGUUGAUAUCAUCACCAACUGCCAGUACUACUACAACUUCAGGAUCACAGACAACAUGGUCUGUGCCGGCUCUCGCUUUGGUGGGAAGGACUCAUGUCAGGGGGACUCAGGUGGCCCUUUGAUCUGUAAUGGACACUUUGAGGGCAUUGUGUCCUGGGGCAUCAGCUGUGCCAACCCUUACUACCCUGGUGUUUACACCAAGGUCAGGAAGUAUAUCAGCUGGAUCAAUUGGACCAUCCAGAAUGACAACUAAGGACACCAUUUUGUUUUUUGACUUUCUCCUUGUAAAAAUCACCAUGCUAUAACUUGUAUGGAUAAGCUGAUACUGUAAUGUCUAUGCAAAAUAGGACAUGUACUUUAUUAUAACAUACAGUGUAAACAAUUAAACCUUACUUUUUUCUUAUGGCAUCUAAUCAGAUGUAUGUGGUAGUAAUAAAACUAGUGUGAUUCAGAAUAAAAUAAUAUGCAGAUAUUGUGUAGGUAUGUACAUAAUAUUGAUAUAACCUCAACAUUUAAGGAAUAAAGUUGAUCUAUUUAAUAGAAAUGCAAUUCUGAGGAGGAUAUAAAGUUAUAUACAAAUAUAAAGUUAUAUUUCAGUUUGUGACAGGAAAUUAGGGUUACACUUUAUUUUGAGGGUACCAAUUUUGACCUGAUAAUAUUCUAUAGAUAGUGAUUCUAUCAACAAACUGCUGAUAAGCAAAUUAUUGCUAUGAUUAUGGUUAGGAUUUACAACUAAGGUUAGGGAAAUAGUUAAGGUUGGGUUUAGUAUAAAGAUUAGGGUUAGUAGAUGUUACUGAUAGUCAGAAAAUCUGUACAAAAACACUUUUGGGAUUCUCCAAAUGAAGUGUUACCAAAAUAAAGUGUUCCUGGUUAUCUCAAGGGACAAGCUUGUAUCAUGUGCCAACCACAUGUAACAUUUUUAAUUAAUACUGUAAAUCUUAAUAUAGAUUUUAAGAAAGCAAAAAAACU